AUGUUGGGGAUGUCAAUGGCGGACAAGGUGGUCGAUUCGGAGUUGUUCCUUGCCGGCAGAGAGCGAAAAGUAGAAGGUGAGAUUCUGGGCCGCCAAGAUGGUGACGCUCGAAAGCUCUUCCCCACCUACACGCAUGCUUCGCCUGCUGCGACCGGCGAGGUCAGCAUCAACGGCAAGGUCUUGCAGCUUUGGACUUUCUCACAGCUGGAGACGCUGAACCAGUCUGCUUUGCGGAAGCGAGCACUGGCGAUUCGAGAUGCGAUCGGGGAGGCUGCAUGCCCACCUCUGCCGUCUGGUCGAUGCGACGACCUCACCCGCUGGAUACUGCAGAUGCAGGAGCAACUGACCAAUGAGAAGCCAGAGCAGGGCCGAUCCGGAGGCUAUGGCACGGGGCAUUUCGUGCCACGCUCUUUCGCACAAGAGACGAAGGAGAUGGAACAGAAACAGAAAGUAGCCGGAGACCUGCCAACGAGCAGGUCCAUGGCCGAGGAAGUGAAUGCCUCUCGGGACAACUACAAGGACCUCAAGAUGCAGCAGAACGAUUUCAAGGAGGAUCCCAGGCUCGGCAUUCAGACGGGCCGUGCGGGAGGCGAGGGAAAAAGGCACCUCUUUCCCAAGCAGAACAUGGUGACCCACGGUGUCUCUUCUGCCGAGCCACAGGGCAUUGCUUCUCUGCGGCCCACACCUGAAGGACGCAGGUACAUUCCGACGGUCGACAACCUCAUGGAGCAGAAGAGGGAGAACGAGGCUCGCGAAAGAGCCUUGAUGGCGGGUGGAGCCGCUGGGCCAGCGCCGGUGAACAGGCGCUUCCAGAGCUGUCUUCAGCAGGACGAGCCAUCGCUCGGCGGCCGCCGGCAUGCCAACAAGCCGCGGGUGCGCCUGCUUGUGAGCGCCGUCCAAGGGAUUCGCUCCCUUUUGGAGGCUGUGCAUGGCAAGAAGUACAUCGAUGGCUAUCAGAAGAUGGACAAUCAUGCAGGACGCCAAGAUACCUACCGCACGUCUUGGAGAAAGAAUCCGACGAAGCUCCUGGGCAGCUCCAUGUUGGUGUGA